AUGGGUAAUGUUGAUAACAGCGAUAACAACGACUUUAGCAACCUCAGCUACGAGCCACAGUUUAAGGAUACUAGUCAACCAGAUCAACGUAAUGAUCACGAGAAUAAAAGACAAAAGAAAAGAAUGGCACUGGAGCUCGAGCAGCCUCCUGCUCUCAAAUGGAGACCCAACAUGCGACGAGCCUGGACCAGUACUGAGCAAGAGUCGCUCUAUAUCGCGGUAGAAAAAUACAAACUUUAUGGUCAAUGGUAUCAAGCCAAGACUCUCAUGAACCUGGAUAGGACUGCAGAGGAGAUCGAACAAGAAUAUAUACGACUUUAUGCGGAAAUCCCGGACUCUAACGAAGAAUAUGAAGAAAAAUCAGAGGAACUUGAGAGAGCAAGAGAGGAUAAAGAGGAGGGGCAAAAUUGGGAGCUGCAACAAAGGCAGGAUAAUUAUAGUUACAUUUAUGAGCUUAACGCGAGUAGACUUCGCACACCUUCAGUCACAGCCACUUCAGGUGAAUCAAGCAUGCGGUCCUCCAAAGACAAUAUGGCCAUGUUGUCCGAUUGCACCAAGGAUGCGAUGUCCAAUCAUUCUAAGGCGACGGUAUCGGGAGUAAUAACAACUUCAACAAGUCAGCCACUCCUUUGUGUUGAAAAUGAUGAGGAUAAUAUAGAAGAUGAGGACGAUGACAUGGGACAGAAUCACGACAAACAACCACAUCGGCAGCAGUAUGGCCCGCAUAAUCAUAUUCCUGUCGGCACUGCACAACCUCCCGCACAGUUGAACCAACAAAAUCAACAGCGGUACCAGCUACAUCAACGUAUGGCUCGUAUCUGGACUCCAGAGCGAUCAGAGUACCUCAAAAACUUGGUCGAGUUUUAUUUUCCGGGAUCUUACCGAAUUAACUGGGUUUGGGUAGCAGCCCAGAUGGGAAAUGUCUUCACACGAAAGCAGUGCAAGAAUAAAUGGGAGAUCAUGCGCCGGCGCAUGGGGACAGAGGAAGAGAUCAAUCUACUUAAACGUGGUUAUCAAGAAUUUGGGCCAUCAUGGGGACAAAUUCAAGAAAAGUACCUUCCAGAGCGCUCUUCAGCUGGGAUCUCAACUAUGUGGAGCCUCUUGGAGACGCGCGAAGCAGAACAACGUCAGCUGAAACAGCAGCAACCAGAGCAGCGGCAGUCUAAUACGGAAGUGCCACCAACAACAGGGCUAACGCGGAAUUCACGUCAUGGCAGACACCAUUCAACAUCAUCCUUGAGGACACCCCAAUACCCAGAUGCUUCUCCCUUUGAGACUCCAUUUGAGACUCCAUUUGAUGAGAGGGGUGCCUUAAGGAGCAUGAGCGAGAUAGAAAAGCAACAGCAGCAGCUAAAUGAAGGAUUGCAGAGAAAGCGAGCUAUGACGUUGGAUAUUGAAGCCAUGGAUCUUAAUUUUGAUAGAAAUCGCCAGUCUACAAUCAUCAACGAGCAUUCGCUACUGGCAGCACAACCAUUACCAACUAUGUCACAGGAACAUACUAUUUCAAGGCAUGUGCGCUAUGCCUCUGAGGCUUCAGCACUCAUACCGUCAUCACCAUUUCCAUCAUCAACACCACUGUAUUCUCCAAGGAUCUGGAUGGAUAGGAACCAUCCUAUGGCUUGGACGGAGCCAUUAACAAGACGGCUGGAAGAGCUGGUACACCAACAUUUCCCGAACCAUCAAAAGAUCAAUUGGGUCAAGAUCUCAUCCAUGAUGGGCAGUAACCCCACAAUAUCGAGAGAUCAGUGUAAGCGAAGGUGGUAUUUGAUUUCACAGAACAACAGCAGCCUCAGUAGCGGUAGUAAUAUUAGUAAUAACUAUAGUAACGACAGCAGAGAUGAUGAUAAUAGUGGCUUAAGUAAUAAUUCUCCACUCGAUUAUCAUCGGGAAGCCACUUGCCUGUCAAGUUCUGUUUAUGGCGGUUCGAACUACUCGAAAAGCGUUCCUCCGCCGAGCGGCGCCACAUCGGGUGUACGACACAUCAUCCGAGCACGGAAGUCCUGGCGGGCUGUGCCACAUACCAUCCAAUCACGACCUGUGGAGGAUUUAGCAGACCAGCAAGCGGAAGAUGCAGAGGAUGAAGAAAAGUUAUAUGACAGGAUCUACAGUUCGAUUGGCGAGUGUGCCCUACUUGCUCUCCUUGAGCAGGAGAGAGAAUGGGAAAACAAAGAAAAGGAAGAAAGAAGACAGGACAACAAGCUGGAGCUUCCUCGGGUAGAGGGGACAUUGGUUCCCUCGGCUACUGCAGGCUUAUACUAUCAAGCUGCUGCUGAGCUCGCCACUCCAACUCCCCCACCAGUCUACCUUGAACUAAAGCCUCUUUCGCAAAAGAGGAGCUUAAGUGGCUAUAACUCCGCAGUUGCUUUUCAAAGGUCGUAUUUGGACGUAAAAAAGCAACAAGAGGUCAGUGCAGCAUUAUGGGAAGCACUGACAGCUAUUGAGAACAAAGGAAUCGAUAGAACAAUGAUUGCAGCAGGAUGCAAUAGCAACAAAUUGGAUGGCACGCUUAAUUAA